AUGUCUUUCAAUAGUCUAGCUACAUUAAUCACUUCCCAAAGACCUAUCCUGGAUGAUUUAAGAAGAAUGGAGCUACAAGUAUUCUUGCAAGGUAGUGGCUUUUCUUUGGCAAGUUUAGUGGUGCAGCCUACUCUUUUGGAAAGACUCAAAGCAACACAAGAAGAAGAUAGUUAUUUUCAAAAGAUUCGGCAAGAAGUAGAAGCUGGCACCCAAGUUCAGUUCAGAGUUCAUGAGGAUGAUUUAGUAAGGUUUGGGGUUGGGUUUGUGUUCCAGAUGAUUCAAAGUAGAAGAAGGAGAUUAUGGAGGAAGCUUACUACUCAAGCUAUUCAGUGCAUCUUGGUGAAGGUAGACCACCAGAGGCCGGCGAGACUUCUCAAACCACUUCCUAUUCCUGAGUGGAAGUGGGACAAUAUUGCUAUGGGCUUUGUGUCUGGGUUUCCUAGAAUCAGUAAGGGUCUUCACACUGUAUGGGUGGUGGUGGACAAGCUAUCCAAAUUUGCUCAUUUCUUGACUAUUAAGACUAUUACAUCUUCGGAAAAGCUCGCAGAGUUGUAUUUUGAUAAGAUCAUGUGGCUUUAUGGCAUACUGGUGAUGAUUGUGUUAUAUAGGGAUUCCAAGUUUGUGGCAUACUGCUAG